UAGACCUCACCCCGGCGAAAGGCUUGAGCAGCAAUAGUACAGAAUCCAGAAUGGAUGUCCUCUUCGUAGCUGUCCUUGCUGUGCCACUUAUCCUGGGACAAGAAUAUGAAGAUGGAGAGAGCCUGGAAGAGGAUUAUUACUAUUAUCAGGUUGUCUAUUACUACACAGUCACCCCCACUUAUGAUGACUUUGGUGCAAAUUUCACCAUUGAUUACUCCAUGUUUGAGUCAGAGGACAGGCUGCAGAGUCCAGAUCUGAAUGAUGGUGUUUCCAGUCUGCAAAGUCCUGUACACCUCAUCCUGUGGUGGGCCCUAGUUCAGGGAGGGAUGUAUUUCACAUAAAAG